AUCACUGAUGAUAAGAAAAAGGAUGGAAAGAAGAAAGAUGGAAAGAAAGAAAAGAAGGAGAAAGGGUACAUGGUUUUUGAAGAGGAAGAAUCAGAUGGGGGUCUAAAUGAUAUGAAGAGCCCUAAUAAGGGUAAAAGAGGAAAGCCUGGCUUCAAAUUUCCAGCAAGUAAGAAUAUUUUUCCAAAAGGUGGUAAAGAAGAGAAAAAGGAUAAGGAGUCCAAGAAAGAAGAAAAAGAGAAGAAGAAGCAUAAAUCUAAAGACAAAAAGAAAACAAAACGUGUGACUGUAGUGAGAACCAUUGAAUUGUUAGAUGAUGAAGUGCAACCCAUAUUUGGUGUACCUUUAGUUGAAGCUGUUGAAAGGAACAAAUCUCAUGAUGGCAUUGAACUUCCAGCCAUAUUUCGUGAAUGUAUUGACUAUAUUGAGGAAUAUGGGUUGGAGUGUGAGGGUAUCUAUCGUAUUUCAGGUGUUAAAUCUAAGGUCCAGCAUCUGAAGGAUUGUUAUAAUAAAGGCUACCCUGCCCAUCUGGAAGAACAUGAACCAAAUAUAGUGGCCAGUCUGUUGAAACUGUUUUUACGUGACCUACCAGAGCCUGUAUUGACCUCUGCUCUUAUGAACCGUUUUGAAGAGGCAUCCACUAUAAGAAAUGAGGCUAAACUUGUUGAACAAUUUUCUAAACUGAUUUCAGAGCUUCCAAUCUGUAACCGACUUUUAUUAUCAUGGAUGAUAGUUCACAUGACCCACAUCAUUCAACACCAAAAGAAAAACAAAAUGACUUUACAAAACGUUUCUAUAGUGCUAAGCCCCACAAUGCAGAUAAGCCACAGAGUUCUUAAUAUCCUAUUCUCAAAAUCAUCUCAACUAUUCCAUGAUACACAGAUCAAGAAAUAUGUUCCCCCUCUCAAACCAGCGACUUCAAGAUGGUCUCUUGAACUACCAGAAGACACAACUGCUCUAGAAGAGGAGCUUGCUAAACAAGAAUCUCUGCUGAAUCAGCUACACUCAGAGGUCAAUGUUGGAAAAGCUGAUGCUGAUAAAGAAGAACAACUUUGGGAAGUUCAAAGAGUUGUUACUCAUCUGAAACGCAAGAUCAAAUUUGCUAGAAAGACUCUUGAAGCUGCAGAGAAACGUAAGAAGGAUGUCGAGCUAAAGCUUCAGGCUACUGCUUCAAAGGAACAAGCUGAACCUGAGAAAGAAGUGAGUGACGAGAAUGAGAAUGAUGAGGAGUAUCAACAACUGGUCCAAGAGGAAUAUGCUCUGAAGCUUGAACAGGAAGAAAUGAUGAUCAUAAGUGAUGAGCUGCGUCAAAAAAUUAAAACUGAAGAGAAAGAGAUAGAGAGACUUCAUCAAGAGAUCCAGGAACUUCAAUAUCUUCGCCAUGACUCAGAUCUUGAGGAUGUGAGCUCCUCAUCUGACAGUAGUUAUGAUAGUGACGAAGAUGAAGAUCUUGAAGAAAUUCUUCAUCAAUUGAUCAUAGAAAAUGAAGAAUUGGAAAAGAAGAAUUCAGAAUUUUGUCAAAAGAUCCAUGAGGAAAGAAUGAUAUGCUUGAGUGUAAAACUUCAGAUAAGACUCUUACAA